CUCCCUCCCCUGCACAUCAGUGUCUCUCCUCCUCCCCCCUGCACAAAGCAUCCUGUGUCUACUCCCCCCAAUGUCCGCUGCCCUCCUGCCGCCCAGCUGACCCCCGCACACCCCUCUCCCAGCACCCAGAUGUCCAAACCGGAUGUUUUAUCAAUAAUGGAAAGUGCCGAAGAGCCGUUUGGUCAGGAAAACAAUCAGGCCAGGGCCAGUCGAGUGGAAAUUUCAGAGUGUUGGAGCAGCGGUGCAACGGAAGAACCCAGGUCAUUUGCUCCACUGGUUGGAAAGCUGCCCGCAGACCAGUUGUCUUCACAAAACUCUCAAGGCACUCUUAUCGUCAAUGAAAUCGAGAACCCUGAUAAUAGUUGGAGGGAAAAAAAUGUCCAUCCCAUGAUGCCGACUGAACCAGGGUGCCAGUCCAGCAGUGGCCCAGUUGAAUAUAACUUUCCAGCAGGCCAAAGCUCACCAUCAACAUUGCCUCUAAUGGAGAAGGGAAGACACAGAGAAGAUGACAUUGUGGACCAAGCAACUGUUGGCACCAAGAUGACAGGAACUGCUGAGGACACGUCAGCACAGUCAGCAUUACAUGGGGUGACGCCUAUGCCAACUAACUUUGGCAAACUUGAGAAGGAUAAUAUAGUAAUAUGUAGACCACAUGGAUGGUCUAAUGUUGGACAGCCAUCUAAAACUAUGGAGACAAACAGAAGAAAAGAUUCCAGCUCUACAGAACAGCCAAGCCAGAGGUUUUGGGGUCUAUUUCAGUGCUCAUUCUGUAAUUUUGUCUUUCAAGAUCUCUCUGAACUUCUGCAGCAUCAAGAAUCCCACAACCAGGAAAAAUUCCAAGGUAUUGGGAAUGAACAGACAAGUCCUGAACAGCAACCACCUCAGCAGCAGUCUUCAACUCCAAUCUUGGAAUGGAGGCGAUACCGCUGUAUAGUGUGUGAUAAGACCUUCUGCAAGCAGUCUUCAUUGGUGACACAUCUGCGAAUACACACUGGCGAGAAACCAUUCUCUUGUCAUGUAUGUCGGAGAAAAUUUAACCAGCGUACUAGUCUCACUGUCCAUCUACGAACUCACACUGGAGAAGCACCAUUCCCUUGCAACAAAUGUAACAGGAGCUUCCGACAACAGUCCAAUCUUACUCAUCAUAUGAAGAGUCAUCAAAGAGCCGAGGAACUUGAUAGGGUAGAGUGGAGUGAAGAGAACACAGCCCCAAGCAUUCCUUUCAUGUAUCUGAUAUCAGAAGGGGAUGAACCCAGCAGUGAAGUUUGGGGCAACAAAGUCCCAUUUGUGAAAGAUGACAAAGGAGAAGAUCCAGGAUCAUGUAAAAGACCCUAUGUCUGUGGUCACUGUUUUAAGCGCUUCACUCAUCAGUCCAACCUCAUGGUUCAUCAGCGCAUUCAUACUGGGGAUCGAUCGUAUCGUUGCCAAGAGUGUGGCAAGCAUUUCACUAGAAGGACCAGCCUGAUGGUUCACUUACGAGGUCACACUGGAGAAAUGCCGUACUCUUGCCUUCAGUGUGGGAAGAGUUUUCGCCAGCAGUCAAAUCUUCUGUACCAUAUGAAAAGCCAUUCCUCACCAACUGAGCCAAAAGCCAAUGUGAGCACAGAAAGCGAGCAGACCCCAAAGAUGUCUGGGCAGCUGAUCGGACCUUCUGGUCAAUAUGUUGAGCGAGAUAACUCACAGAUGAUAAAUAUUGGUGGAGGGCGAAUCGAAGAAAGCCAGGUUAGGGCUUACCAAUGUAACCAGUGUUCUAAAUGGUUCCCUAGCUCUCAUAGCCUCCUGUUGCAUCAAAAGCUUCAUAUGGAGCAGUCCAGUGCCAUCAUGCAUUGUAGAGAAAUUCAGGUCUCCUACCCUAUUAAUAGAGGCCUUCCACACGCGUAUCCUGAGAACAUGCUGUCUCCACGUCAGGAACAUGAUGGUUAUCCUCCUCAGCAUUUUAAGCUACCUGCACGAGUCGAAGGCAACGUAUCUGGGAUGCUAAACAGUCUGGAAUCCAAUGUUAUUCCACAGCCAGGACACAGCAUUUCCUAUCAAAGAAUUGGCAGUCAAUUGGGAGAGGGAGGACCUCCUAAGGGUCCUUUCCAUGUUCUUGGAAGAGGAAGACCAAGAAAAAUUACCUGGUUUGGUCAAGGGCAAGGACCAGCCGGGACCUCCACGGCAGGAAAAGCUGUACAUAAGUGUUGGAAAUGUCCAAGGCACUUCAACAACAAGUCAAACUUAAUUGUUCACUUGCGUAUACACACCGGAGAAAAGCCUUUCCAAUGUUGGCUCUGUGAAAAGCGUUUCAGACAGCAGUCAAAUCUGAUCCAGCAUCUCAAGAAUCACGAAGAUGUUCUUGGUGAUGAGCUCAUAACUCGUCCACGGAAGCAUGUAAGUAAACAGCAAAAUGGAAAAAACAUUCAGAAUAUAGGAAUCCCUCAAUCUCCAAACAGUGUCCAGGUUCGGUCAGGUUUUCUUCCCUUCGAUGGAAACCAAAUGCAUCACAAUGGGCAGCUGUUUCAAGGACCUCACACUAUCCAUUUGGGUGAUAUCGCCUCCAGUAGUGAGUGCGUUCCUGAUAAUUUAGAAGUAAAUGGAACCCAGUCGUCAUCAGGUGAGAGUACAUACAAGUGCAGCAGUUGCUUUAAGACAUUUACUCAUAAAUCCAACCUCUUGGUCCAUGAACGUAUUCACUCAGGAGAUAAGACCUAUCGCUGCCUCGAGUGUGGGAAACAAUUCAGUCAACGCACUAGCCUGAUGGUGCACCUAAGGACUCACACUGGGGAGAUGCCGUAUUCUUGUUUGCAGUGUAGGAGACGUUUCAGACAGCAGUCCAACCUACUUUAUCAUAUAAAGACAAAUACUGUGCAAGGGCAGUUAAACUGUACUGCGGAGAACUCCCCAAGCUCUCCAUUGCUUCCUAGAUUAGACCCGGGCAUUGAGCCUAGUAUGAGUUCUGAUAUGGAGGCUUCCCCCGGGCAAGCCCAUUCUUGGGUCCCCCUGGAAACAAAUUCUAAGAACGAACCCACAUCUGCUUCAACACAAGAGGGAGCAAAAGGAGAGUUCCACUGUCCUGCCUGUGACAAAAUAUUUACCCACCAAUCCAACCUGUUGGUCCACCAACGAAUCCAUUCUGGCGAGCGGACAUACCACUGCCAUGAGUGCAACCGUCAAUUCAGUCAACGCACAAGUCUGAUGAUCCACUUACGCACUCAUACUGGAGAGAUGCCCUAUGCCUGCCAAUGCUGCGGCAAACGAUUUCGCCAGCAGUCAAACCUGUUGUACCAUUUGAAGAGUCACGUAGGACAAGAGAUCACAGUCGAUGCUAGCCAAAGUGCAGAAUAUGCCGCACCUAGAUCUAGGGGCCGUCCUCGGAAAUCAGAUUCCAACGACGAAGCAAAGGCAAAACGAGUAAUUCCUCGAGGCAAACGUACUUACAAGUGCACAGAAUGCCCGAGGCGUUACAACCUCAUGUCUAAUCUGGUGGCACACCAGAAGUCUCAUGACCUCCAACCCCUGUAUAGUUGCUUAGAGUGUGGAGACAGCUUCCUUCACCAAGGGUACCUUGCUGUCCACAAGAAGCAGCACAGCAAGAUAACCCCUCCUAAUCAUGGUGUACAGUUCUGUUGGAGACCAAACCAAGAGUUGAUGGACACCAGAAAUAGGGGCUCAGGAGAAGAAAGGAAUCUUGUAUACACACCGCAUGAAAAAUAAUCAUUCUGAAGUCCUACAAUGUGUCCAGUUCAAUGGGAUUAGGUAGAGUAGUGGUUAUAAUUUAGGUCUCUAUAAAGCCUGUACCAAGUAUGAAACUUCAUAUCUGUAUUUCAGAUAGUACCUGAAAUUGGCUACUGCUUUGCUAGGUGGGGUUUACUUCUGAUAUAUUAUCCUAAUAAUAGACUGAUUUCUUUUGGAAAACAAAAUCCUGAGAAGAUCCAACAUGGGAAUAAAAAAAUCUGGUGCUGGUUCUCCAGAGGGUUCUCAGUGCUUUAUCAGUAAUAGCUGGUAAAGCAUCAUGACUUCUGAGAUGAAUAAGUAUUGACCGGAUUGAUCUUUCGAAUACUCUAAAUGAACGGGUUUGUCCAAGACUAGGAAAAAAACAUGGUUGCUUUCUUCUUCCAGAAACGGCUUCGUACCUAAGUUAUGUUAGUGUAGAAAGUGACAGUGACUAAGCUGCAGUACCACGCAGAACCAUGGGCAGCAAAGGUGGCGCUGUUUUUCGAGGAAAGCAGCUAUAUUUUUCUAAUCCUGCACAACUCUUAAGUGUAUCAAAUGACAUGGGAAGCACUUAUCAAUAGCCCACUAAGUAACCACUGGGUGGAAUAUAUAAAACUAUAUACCUAAAAGGCAGUUAGUUUACCAUUUUUUUUGCCUGUACCAUUACUAUUUAUGUAUAGAAUAUGAGGUGUGGCAUGUUGAUUUAGCCCACACACUGGCCGCUUCCAUGGUUCAUGGAUGAUUGGCCUAUUUUUAUUUUUUUUUUCUGAAUAUUACCCUUUUACUUUAUAUUUAUUUUUAUAUCAAUGUUAUGUUUUUUUUGUUUUUAUGAAGUAGGUGUUGCAUUCCUUUUGUAUCGUAGGGAUACGUCGGCAGCUACUUCUAUGCCAUUUCAGUUUUCCUUUAGUAGUUAUAGGAGCGUACUCCUCACCACGUAGUCUUUAGUUGCUGUACGUAACGAGUUAUUUACGUGCGUAUCGUGUAAAUACAAGCCUUCUUAUUUAUGCAUUUAUUAUAUAUGCGUUUUAGUUUAUGCAUUUUAUAUCGGAGUUAAUUUUGUAUGUUGCCUACUUCCUCUGCCUCACCUCAGAUUCCUAACCACAGUUAAACCAGAGCGCACCGUGUGAGCACCUGCUCUACCUCUGUCGAGAUGUACAUGCCUAGUGAUAAAGGCCUUAGAAAGAUUGUAGCAGACGGCUAUCCUACGGUUUCUGAACAUAGAACUUGACCUAAGAAAUUGGCUCCAUUAAUCAUUUGGAGAAUUUUUCCUUAUAUACUUGAGAAGGCCCCGGAGCCCUGUUUAUUUAUUACAGCGCAAAAAUGGAUGUAAAAUUUGCGGUUUGUUGCCACCACUAGGUGGCGAUCUGUAUGUAGCCGUACAUGGGUCAUGGAUCCAACACAAUUUCCUCCAAUAUGGGC